GUGUGUCUGGCUCCACCCUAUUAAUAAACAUGAGAUGUGUUAGAUCAGGGAGAGAACUAAAACCUGUAGUGAUGAUGUGGGUUUUUUUAAUUUUAUUUUAUGUCUCACAUGGACAAAAAGUAUUUUAUGUGGUUUACGUCUGUUGUUUUUUAAUCUAAUUUUAAUAAUGGAUAAAUGUUCAUUAAAAUUAAUCUGAUUUUUUUUUUUUUUUUACUUCACUUAAGAGGCAAACCUCAAGAGAAAUCAGGAUCAUUGAUUAAUGGGCUCAUGGCUCUGCCAUAGAAUAGUUUAAUUCUUACAUUCUUAGAAAAAGGUCCCUCAGUGACUCAAUAUUUCUGCCAACAAUAUUUUAACUUAUAUUUUAAAAACUUCUUAAGGGAAUGUUUUCAAAACUAAACAGUGGACAUUUUAAAUAAUUUGAUUUAUAUAAUCGUUGUUGUUAUUUAUUUUAUUUUUUUGCCCUUCGCCUCACACACAGUGUUCCCAGUCAUAGUGUUCAGAUCCAUGGUGACCUUGAUAAGGAUAAAGCGGUUACUAAGCAUGAGUAAAUAAAUGAAUGUAUAUUUCUGACCAUUCCCUUAAAGGGUACCAAUAAUUUUGGAGUUGGUUGUAGGGAAAUUUAACUUAAUUAAAAACGGCCACAAUUUAUAGUGGGGCAUUAAAUUCGUCUUGUAGCUUCCAUUAUUUCGAAAUCUUUGCACUCUGGUUGUUGGGGUUUUAUUUUGAAGUUCCUUUUUCAUGCCUUCGUCAUAUCCGGCGUAGUGGGCGGGGUUUGCCGGAAUACGCGUGCGUUAAAGAUGACGUCCUAACUAUGCUCUCUGCUUGGUUACUGAGUGUGUACAUCUUUAGGUCCGUGUAAAUGUUGUGACGCCGUUACGGAGCUCUUUUCUACCUCACUACAGAGGGUGUCUGAUUGUUUGUUAUAUUUAACCGCGGUCUACAUUUAAAGUGUUUUGUGAAAUUCGCCAUAUUGCCUGGAGAGCUCUAGAAGGAUCUACAGGGUCGUCACUGCGUGACGUUUCCUGCCGGUGUUUUAACGGUAACCGUACAGAGACUAGACUACUCACUCAAGCUAAGAUAAUAAGUAUUUUAUUUAAUUUUUUUAAAAAAACAGUCUUCGAACCGUGGACAUGAGGAGUUUGCCGUAUUUCUGCCGUGGACCAGUGAUUCGGGGAUUUGGAAGAGGAAGUAAAGAGCUGGGAAUCCCAACAGCAAACUUCCCAGAGUCUGUAGUGGACAGUCUACCUGCUGACAUCAGCACUGGCAUCUACUAUGGCUGGGCACGCGUGGACAACGGAGACAUCCACAAGAUGGUGAUGAGCAUUGGCUGGAACCCCUACUACAAAAACAUCAAGAAAUCUAUGGAAACACAUUUGAUCCACAAGUUCAAGGAGGAUUUCUACGGUCAGAUGCUAAGGGUCGUCAUGGUGGGCUACAUUCGCCCUGAAAGGGGAUUCAACUCACUAGAUGAAUUGAUCACCGCGAUUCACAGUGACAUCGAAGAGGCAAAAAGAAUGUUGGACCUGCCCGAGCACACGAAACUGAAAGAAGACAACUUUUUCAGGACGUCUAUAUCCACAACAACCAAUCAGAUCUUGAAUGGUCACUAAACAGAACUUGUCACUUGAUCUAGUUUCCCAUACUUUAGUUUUAUGGGGGUGAAACCACUGUAACAUAUAUGCAUUAUUUGCAUUAUUUCUGUACUAUAGCAUCUUUCAGAAAGGUUUACAUGUGCAGGCACUGAUUGUCUUGGAUAUGUCAUCCAGAGUUAUUUCUUUAUGGAGGAUGAAACACGAAGAGGUUGGAUUGCACUGGUUUUCAUGAAGGAACGAAGUUACCUCAACCAGUUCAGACCACCAACAGAUGAGAAACCAGGAACUUCCAGGACUGAGACUUGUCUAAUUUAGAUCUUUUAGAUCACUGAUAUCACAGCGUACAAUCCAAGUAAUAUCUGAAAUUAGUCAUAUGCUUGGUUUCUUAUUGAACCCUUUCUGCAGAUGAUGACUUGCUGUAAAUUGUAUUUUUAAGGGGUUGUGAUUUUAUUUACUUUUAAGAAAAAUACUACAGUUUUAUUCAGUAACAGAUGUACUCUACAUUUAAAACUGGAGAUGCUACAUUUGCUGGUCAUAUAUGUAUAUUUGAAGUUACUUUAAGAUCUGAUUUGUGUAGAGAGAUUAUUUUGCUGUAUAUAAUCAAAGGAAUAUGGGCAUGAGUGAAUAUAUACAGUAGUGUGAACCCUUUACAAUGUUCUAUAUUUUUGCUUAAAUAUGACCUAAAACAUCAGAUUAUCUAACAAGUUAAAAGUAGACAAAGAGAACCCAAGUCUAAUUUCCCCUUCAAAUUAAUCCUAGAGGUUUGCAUACUUUUUCCACUCACAGAUAUGGAAUAUUGGAUCAUUUUCCUCAAUAACUAAAAUGACCAAGUAUAAUAUUUUUGUCUCAUUUGUUUAACUGGGUUCUCUUUAUCUACUUGUAGACAAUCUGAUGAUGUUUUAGAUCAUAUUUAUGCAGAUAUAUAGAAAACUCUCAAUAGUUCACAAACUUUCAAGCACCACUGUAGAUCAGCGGGUCUCAAAGUGUAACUUAGGGUCCCACAGACAUCUGUAAAGCAUAACCAGAGGGGCUGUGAUUUGUUUUUGUUUUUUUAAAUAGGUACAGUGGUGGAAUUACAGCCCACCAUUAUCAAAGCUAUUAUAUUUAUUACCGAUUACUUCUACUUAUUAACCUGUUAGACUGGUCACUUGAACUGAAAUGGUUUAAUCAAAACCUUUAAUAGCUCAAACAAGUAAGACUGAAAACAAGUAAGACUGAAAACAAGUAAGACUGGUCAUUAACUUGAACCUAAAGUGUUGCGUUGGUGGUAAGCGUUAUUGUUCUUUAUUGUUCAGGCAUUUAAAAGCAUAUACACCCACGCGCACACAUACACCAUGGUCUGUCCGAAUACUCUAUUCUGAUUGGCUGGAAGGUGUGUGUUGAAACUGUAUACGCAACAGUUUAAGCACCGUUCUAAAUUAACGUGCUGCCUAAACACAACUGCAACCAUAGUAAUGUACAGUAGUUAAACUCGUAGCUUCUUUAAUAGAAACGCUUCACAGUUGCAGGUAAUUCACACACACUCAUAGAUGUUUAUUAUAAUGCAUUCAAAUAAAUGUAAUCUUAUCGCACUGUAUAUCUGUGUAUGAUUGAGAGCGGGCAGAAUUCUAACUCUUAACGACCCGUAUAUAUGAAUUAAAUAAAAACACGAAUGAAA